AGCUUGUCAAACUGUGGCUAGUCAGACAUGAAGAAGCUGUGGUUGCUGCUGCUUGGAGCGAUGUUCUGUCUGUGUGUGUCCGUUGCAGCGGACGCACAGCUUGACCUGCAGGGAGACACGACGAUACCAGAGAAGGAAGGCAUUUUACAACUUGAAAAGGGGAACUUCAAAAGGGCUUUGAGAAAACACAAGCAGCUGUUGGUGCACUUCUACACUCCGCUGACAUCAGAAGGUCAUCGUGUUGCAGCUGCAUUCGAAGCUGCUGCUGCAGAGCUUCAGGGGUCAGAAGUCAAGCUGGCAGUCAUUGAUGUGACAAAGGAAAAAGAGUUGGUGAAAAAGCUCCAUGUGAGCGGACAGCCCAGCAUCAGACUCUACCUGUCUGGAGAUGUAACCAACCCAGCUCUCUGCCCUGUUCCUCAGAGUUCAGCUUCCAUCUUGACCUGGCUGCAGAGGAGGGCGGGGACAUUUGCUGAUCUCAUUGUGGAUCUGAACCAAUUAGAGGCCAUAGACGAUCUAAUGGUGGUUGGUUUCUUCAAGGAGCUGAACCAUGAGUUGGUUCAGGUGUUUUACGCUGCAGCCAUCGACCUCCCUGACAUCCGCUUUGCUGUGACGCAGGAUGAUGAAGUCAUCAGCAAAUAUACCGUCACUCAGGAUGUUGUUCUGCUGCUCAAAAAAACUCAGCUCAUUCAGACGUACAGAAUGAAGCCAGAAACACCUAAAGAGGAGCUGGUAGUUUUCAUCUCUGUCUACCAGAUGGAUCCAGUUACUGAAUACAACGGCCAGACAGCCUCACAGAUCCUAGGUUCACCUGUGUUAAACCACGCCCUGCUCUUUGUCAACAAAAGCUCUGAGGACUUUAGAGAGAUUUUCUCUGCUUUCCACAACGCUGCAGAGGCAUUUAGGCUGAAGAUCCUGUUUGUCUUGGUGAACGUGGAUGAACAUCGUAACGGCAGACUCAUGGAGUACUUCCGGGUGCGGCACUUUGACGCUCCUCACAUCCGACUGGUAAAUCUGACAGAUCAAAUAACCUACCAAAUGCUUUCUGAGACUUUGGAUGAAGGGAGCAUAAAACAGUUCUGCCAGUCCUACCUCGAAGGCAAGGCUAAGCCCAAGUUGAUGAGUGAGCCUAUUCCUGAAAGGUGGGACCAGAGACCCGUUAAGGAGCUGGUAGGAGUGACUCUGGAGAAAGUAGCCUUCAACCCCAACAAGACUGUUUUUGUCUUGUUUUAUCUGGCAUACAGUGAAAUGUCCCGUGCCUUGUUUCCACUGUGGGAGGAACUGGCUGAAGCCGUCAAGGAUUGGGAAGAUGUGGUCAUUGCUCAAAUCGACGCCUCAACCAAUGAUAUCAACAUGUCAAUGCAGGGUUCCUACCCAUCCCUCUGCCUGUUUCCUGCUUUGUACGCUGAGAGGGUGGUGGUUUAUACUGGGAAAAGGAACAUAAAAGACUUGGUUAGGUUUAUGGAUAAAGAAAUGAGAAAGGCCAAAAGAGACAGAGUUAAGGAGGAUGAAGACAGGAGGAAGUACAUUGAUACACUCAAGACAGAGGAAGCAAAAAAAACCAAAUCCAAAGAUGAGCUUUGAUACAGCAAAUCAAAGUAGUAUGUCUGUAUGUCAUUUGCCUUUUAAUAAUUUUUUUUAAACAUGUUUUUUUUUACUUGAACCAUAUUCCUGUGAAAAAGUAUUUGCUACCUUGUAGAUGAUCUCUAUAUAUAGAGACUCACACCUUGUUUGAGCAAAUCAUUUCCAUAUAUUAUUACAUUUUCUUAACAUCUAAAUCAAGCUUAGAAAUUGUUAAAUCAAGAAUGAAAUGCAAAUUAUCACAUUUUCUAUUCAUUUUCACUGGGUACCCUUAUUACUGCCAGACCUGUAGAAUCAGAAAAUCUUAAGUGCUAGGGUUGGUCGUGGGUCCGACUCACGGUAGAGUUUAAUGAAGUAGGUUAAAAGAUUUUCAAUGAUCCAAUUCUUCAAUGAUCUGAUUGAAGAACUUUCACAAACAGAUAUUUUCAUGCAUGACCAGGUUGUUUGGAUCCUUUAAUAAAUGUAAUUGUUUUUGAAAACUAUGCUUUUAUCAUGGUUUUUUGCUAUGCUUUUGACCCACAUGCAGAACACUUGCAAGAGUCAUUGAGAAAAUGUUAACUUUACUGAAUAAUCAAUGAAUAACAAAUGUGCAUCUUUGUCCGGGAGCCUGGUGGUGCAGGGUGAACGAGAACACUGAAAACAGAAUAGAUGAAUGGUGAGUAACAGUUACUGAAGAAUGUGUUAUUGAAUGGCACUCUUACUGAUGGAGAUAGAGGCAAGUCUGACUGGGGGGGAAGUGAUUGGAUUCCAGGGUUCAAGUCCUUGUGUUGUGUUAAGCCAGAGUUGUGCAACACUGGGAGCUGGGGAUCCAUGGAGCUGUCUGGUGGAGGUCACUGGAUGUGUUGGAGGAUAAACAGGAUACGCGGCACAGGCUUGAAGAAGGAGGAGCAAGACGUUGCCAGUCAUGGUGUUUGAACUUCACAGAGUGUCUUGAGAGCACAAGGAUAAACCAAGGCAGCACAGAGCACUGCUGAGAAGACCUUUAAAGGAGAUGGAGAUGGGACAUCUGAAUCCAGGCUUCGAGGCGUGUACAGAGUAAAAAGGGGUUGUGUCAGAUGACACCUCACUUCAAUGCUUGUGUUGUCUUGCUGAAAACCACGUGACUGACACCACAUUAUGACUCGUAUUACGUGGGACACAUAACUGCUUCUUUUUGCAUGUCGGUUUUCAAUAUAAAAGCACGAUUGGCCGUGCUGCUUCAUGGGUUGUAGGUAAUUUGGUCGCUCAUCAGAGGAACAGAGGAGAGUAUUUGUCAUCAGCAGUGAAUGAAAUACAAGGAACACCAACCAACAUAUUGUACAAUGAUGAUGGCACUCAUCAAAUGUAAUAUUUACUGGUUUUC